UUGUCAAAUCCUUCAUAAAUUUUUGUCCUUUUCAAUGAAAUGGUGUAUGGUUUUUCUGAAUGAAAGUGUUCGAAAUUCAGUUUUCUUCGCAUAUAAAAAUCCACUUUUCAUACUACAGCUUAUACUUAAUUAUAUCUAAUCACUAGAAUAAUAUGGAAUCUUAUUUGAAAAGAAAAGCUGAUGCUGUCGAUGAAUCAACCAAACAAAACUGUCCACAUGGUGAGAAAUGUUACAGGAGAAAUAUUCAUCAUUUCAAGGAAUAUCAACAUCCACAUUUACUUGAUUAUUUGAAAAAAGGAGAGGACAUUCCUCAUAAUCUGCCCCAACCAAAAAAUGUUUACUUGGAACAACUUAAAGUUCUGAAGGAUAUCCUUAAAAUUAAACCUCCAGACUCAAACCAACCCCAAACUAGUGCAGAAAGAUCUACGAAAAAAUUCAAGGAUACUAACUCCUCAAAUGUAGCAAGAUCAAGUAAAUUUCCAGAGAAAAAAGAAAAAACAACAAUUUAUCAGUCGCUGAAAGGGGCAACAAGUUCUACCUCCUUUUCAAGUGACGACAGCAUGCUCAAAAGGUGGGAUAGAAAUGCUCCAUACUACAUAUUUUUCACCACUAUUCCAAAAUCUCCCCCUACCUUGAAACACAAAAAUUCCAUAACUUUCACAGAUAUUCUCUGUCCUAGUCUUGGAAAAUUGAAAUGUACUUUACAAAUCAAUUUUAUGAUUGAUGUAAUGUGGCUGAUGGAACAGUAUAAAGCCAGAAAUGUUAGUUCUUUGCCAAUGACCAUACUUUAUGGCUAUGAAUUUCCUCAAAUGGAGGAGUUUAUGGACAAAUACCUCAAGCAAGUUACUUAUCACCAAAUGAAAAUGAAGGACCCAUUUGGAAUACAUCAUUCGAAAGUUGGAAUAUAUGUUUAUGAUGAUGACAGCCUGAGGGUAGUUAUCUCUACAGCAAAUUUGUACUACGAGGACUGGAAUCAUUACAAUCAGGGGUUAUGGCUGAGUCCUCGAUGUCCCCCAAUGACUGAAAACUCUGUGAAUAAUGGCGAAUCCCCAACAAGAUUCAAAUCAGACCUUCUCUGCUAUCUGAAAACCUAUGGAGUUCCUUGUUUGAAACCUUGGAUUGAGAGAGUGGAGAAGACAGAUUUCAGUCAAAUAAGGGUUUUCCUAGUGACAUCCACACCUGGCAAGCAUUAUCCUGACGACAAAGGUUCGCACGUCCACACCGUUGCCAGAUUGCUGAAAAAGCACUGUAAUUUACCGGCGAAAACCACGCCGGAAAGCGAAGGACCAUCGUCCUGGGGUGUGAUAGCCCAAUCGUCAAGCAUUGGAAGUUUGGGCAAGACUGCAGGGGACUGGCUGAGGUCUACAUUCUUGCGAUCGCUGGCAGCUCAUAAGGCGGCCUCUUUGACUACCAAUCCGAACGCGACUUUGAGCUUUGUCUUCCCGACCGUUGACAACGUGAUGACCGGUCAUUUUGGCCCAGAAAGUGGCGGUUGCUUGCCCUACGCUAAAAAUGUCAACGAGAAGCAGAGGUGGUUUCAGGAUUAUUUACACCAGUGGAAAGCGGACCGCCUACAAAGAAGCAGAGCUAUGCCUCAUAUAAAAUCAUAUACCAGAGUAUCGCCCUGUCUCACCAAACUCGCCUACUAUCUUCUAACUAGCGCCAAUCUGUCGAAAUCCGCUUGGGGUGGAAAUAUACAGAAGGACCAAGGAGUUUACAUAAGAUCUUAUGAAGUUGGUGUACUUUUUUUACCGGAAUUAUUCGAAGAAGAGUAUUUUGAAAUAUCGCAGACUUUGAGCAGCAAGAAUUCCAACGUGUUUCCUUUUAUGUAUGAUUUACCCUUGACGCCUUAUAAGUCUGAUGAUUAUCCUUGGUGUAAUUAGAGUUCGAGUGUUUUUCUCAUGUUAUUGUUCGAUUUUGUUUGUUUUAUACAAUAUAUUCUACUUUUCUAUA